CCAUUACGCCUUUCAGUUUCUUCAUCCCAAUUCCCGGCCCCUCUCUCACUCUCACUCUCACUCUCUGAUCAACGUUCUUUCGUCCAUCUUCGUCUCUCGAACUCGCAUCCAGGCGCUGAAGGUUGGCUCAAAAAGCUAGUCCCGGAAAGCAAACAUUUGUCAGACAGACGCGUGAUUGUGCGGUGUAUUAACCGAGCGUGCUCAACAAUAUCACACAGAAAUUUGAAUUGAUCCCCUUAUAAAUAGUGUCCAGUCCACUUUGGGUCUUGCAUUGUCCUAUCUUCUUGGACAUCUAUUCUAAGGGGGACAAGAUCAUAGAAUAAAAGAGGUAUGAAAGUGUUUGACGCCCAUUGCCACUUGCAAGACCCAAGGGUCUGGCAUAUGGCGCCGAAGUUGAUUGAGUCGGCCCUUCAGUCUGGUGUAGUUAAAUUCGCGGUUAAUGGAACCCAUGAGAAAGACUGGCAUUUGGUGAAGCAAAUGAGUGACGACCAUCCUUGUACAAUUCCAAACUUUGGACUCCAUCCUUGGUUUGUCGCCGAUAGAAGCCCUAACUGGUUCCAAAUAUUGAGGCAAUUUUUUGAGGCCACUCCUUCUGCUGCAGUGGGAGAGAUUGGUUUGGACAAAGGGUCUCAUGGGAGGAAGAUCGAUUUCAACGAUCAAGUCGAAGUGUUCCAGAAACAGCUCGAACUUGCAAAAGAAUUGAAUAGACCGGCAUCAAUUCAUUGUGUCCGAGCAUUCGGCGAUCUUCUUCAGAUAUUGAAAGAUGCAGGGCCUUUUCCUGCUGGUGUCAUCCUCCACUCUUACUUAGGUUCGGCUGAAAUGGUUUCGCAGUUUGUUGAAGUUGGAGCUUAUUUUUCAUUCUCAGGAUUUCUCAUGUCCAUGAAAGAGCAGAAGGCAAAGGAGAUGUUGAAAGCAGUUCCUUUUGAAAGAAUUUUACUGGAAACAGAUGCGCCUGAUGCAUUGCCAAAGAACCCUGCAUUUGUUAUCGAUGGUGAUGCUCGUUGUAGUGUAAGUCAGGCUGAUGAAGGAAGCAUCGAAUCUACAUCUCCGACUGAAUCUCUGAAUCAUCCGGCAAACAUUCAUGCAGUGCUUAAUCAUGUCGCAUCCUUGCUAGACAUGCCUUCAGAAGAUCUUGCGGAGCUCAGCUGUAAAAAUGCAGUGCAUCUAUUCUCCUACGAAGGUUCAAAGCUGGACCUAUAGUUGGUUGCUGAUAGAUGGUGAGUUAGCCACUAUAAUUACACUCGAGCGACUGCAGUUAGUUAGUCUACUUUUGUCUAAGUCUAGAUUAUUCAACAUAGACAAUGCAUUUUACGCUUGAAACGCACUGUGUUU